UAGAUGGGACAAGUAUAGAUGAUAUUUGACAGUAAUUAAAAUCACUAUCAUAAGAAACGCUUCGAUGCAAAUCUAUAGAUAGUGUUUCAUUUAGAGAAAUUGGUGGAUUAUUCCAAAAGCAACAUCAACUCUUAUUUCUUUGAUUACAUCCUAAUUAGUAGUUCUUUGAUUUUAAAAUAUAAUAUAUGAAUAAAUACUAGUAGAAGUGUAAAGUCUGAGCUGGGACCCCCCCUAACCCACAUUUUGUGGGUUUACCCUGUCCUAGGUGGACGGGCGGUGUAAACGGCUGUUGGUAUAUGGUGAAAGGCAUAGUCCCCUCACCCACCCACAUGAUGUGGGUUUACCCUGUCCUAGGUGGACGGGCGGUGUAAACAACCGGGAGGGGUAUAUGGUGAAAGGCAUAGUCCCCUCACCCACCCACAUGAUGUGGGUUUACCCUGUCCUAGGUGGACGGGCGGUGUAAACAACCGGGAGGGGGAUAUGGUGAAAGGCAUAGUCCCCUCACCCACCCACAUGAUGUGGGUUUACCCUGUCCUAGGUGGACGGGCGGUGUAAACAACCGGGAGGGGGAUAUGGUGAAAGGCAUAGUCCCCUCACCCACUCACAUGAUGUGGGUUUACCCUGUCCUAGGUGGACGGGCGGUGUAAACGGCCGGGGGGAUAUGAUGAACGGCAUAGGGCCCCCUUCCCAUGAAAGGUUAAGAGUAGAGUACUCUCUCAUGACAGUAGAUAUCACAAGUAUGGGGGGUACAUAAGAAGAGGGGCUAUGAAAAAAUGAAUAAUUUUUAGAAAUUACUUAAUAAAUUCUAAUUAAUAAGUAAUUAUAAGUUAAAAAUGUUUAAGUGGUGAAAGAAAAGGUUAGUUUACGGGGAUAUAUGUUUUGUGAUUCGCCGAGUUUAUAAUUGAUUUUAUUACAUUUAAUGAAUAUUGUCGCCUAAAAUACGGAUUAUUACUCGAGUAAAAUUAAUAGUGCUGUGACAGUUAAACGUCUUAAAAAUGUUUUCUUGCGACAAGUGUGAAAAAGUGUUUGCAUUCAAACAUGGACUGGUACGUCAUCAAAAGAGUCAUGAUGGUAUACGAUUUAAGUGUUAUUUAUGUCCAUCUACUUUUUCGGACAAAUGGGCACUCUCGCGUCAUGUUAUAACAAUUCACCGUGAGUAUUACAAUUGAUUAUUUAGUAAAAUACUAAUAUGAAAAGAGAAAAUAUUUUAGUAGAGUGUUAAUAUAAGUGUAAUAUUUUAGAUCUCGUAAAGUAUGGUGUGGAUUAUAAUAUAGCUAUUGGAAAUCAUGCUGAUUCGAGGGCUAUGUCAACGAGUGAAAAUGUAAAUGUUACGGAGAGAAUGCAGGCGGGCCCCAGUGUAAUUAGUCCUAAACGUCGCAAACAAUGUAACAGCGACAAUACGAUUAAAUGCAAACGGGUAAAGGUGAAACGAUUACAAGACAUUACGACGAGCGGUUUUCAUAAAACGGGUGAAUCAUUAAAUAGUCAAAUUUUAUGGUUUUACAAAAAGAAUAUUGAAAAUGUAGUCGGAUAUCAAGCGUUUUUGUCGGCAACAAGAGGCGAUUUAGUCGAAAAAUUACGCGACUGUCUUAAAGAAAUGGGUGCGAUAAAAUUCAACUUAAAACUUGAGGCGACUUAUAUUGUACCAAAUAAUGAAACCAAGUACGAAAAUCGUUCAUUUAAAACGUCGGCAGCCGAGUUAAUUAAUGAGGACGAUAUCGAUCGUGCUGUGGAUAUUUCUUACACAAAAUUAUUAGAAGAACAGGAAAACUAUGCUGGUAAAGGUAGUAAUUUUUCGUUUUCUAAUAUAGACGGUAUUUUGCUGGGUGUAUACAAAUAUCAGCCUUUAGGCGGGAGUUCAUACAUUGAUUUGCCGCAUGACAUUAAAAUGAAAAAAGCUGUAAUAAACCCACAAAAUAUAGAUCAACAAUGUUUCAAAUGAGCUAUAUUGGCGAAAAAAGUUACGGAGGGUAAAAGACAUAUAGUAGAACAAAACUAUAAGUCUAUAGAAAACUCUUAUAAUUUCUCCGGUUUAUCAUUCCCAACACCGAUUUCAGACAUAAAAAUUUUCGAAAAAAAUAAUCCGCAUACUUCAGUCAAUGUUUACGGACUAAAAUUGAAAGAUUUACAUAAUAAACCCGAAUAUUUAGUUUAUCCGCUGAAAGUAUGCGCUGAAGAACGUAGAGACCAUAUCGAUUUGUUAAUUGUGUCAAACACCGCGGGUGACAGCCAUUACACUUAUAUUACCGAUUUUGGUCGAUUGGUACAAUCACAAAUAACAAAGAAUACAGCAAAAAGGAUAUUUUGUAAACGGUGUUUCACGGGCUUUAAUAAUGUACCUAAAAAGUAUAAACUACGCGGAGUUGAGGCGCUAGAAGAACAUAAAAAAAUUUGUGGCGAAAACAAACCGUUCUUACCUAUAAUGCCUGAAGAGGGCACUAAAUUAAAGUUCGAGUCAUGGGGCAAAACACAGGAACAUCCAUUUGCAAUUUAUGCUGAUUUUGAAAGCCUGCUGGUCAAGUCCAACAAAGAUACGAAAGGCAACACAAAUUUUGUUCAUGAACAUGUUGCAAUGAGCUAUGGAUACAUAGUAAAAGCAGCCGACAGUGUACCCAUAGAAUUAUUGCAACAGUAUAAUAUUCAAACGACGCCCAAAAUAUACAGAGGAAAUAAAAGCAGCGAGCCGGAGGAAGUAGUCAAUCGUUUCAUGGAUGACGUAACUGAAGUAGCGUUGAAAAUUGAAGAGUUACUCAAGACGAACGUUGAUAUUUGUAUGACACAUGAAGAAACUGAAGAACAUAUAAAGAAAACCUGCUGUGACUUGUGUAAAGGUAGUUUUACAGAGAAAAAUCAUAAAGUAGCAGACCAUGAUCAUUUGACAGGUAGUUUUAGAAAAACGCUUUGCAACAGUUGCAAUUUAAAAUUAACAACACCCAAGUUUGUAAACGUAUAUUUCCAUAAUCUUAGCUCGUACGACGGACACUUUUUAGUUAAAUCCCUUGGAAGAGAUACUAGUAGAAUAAGUGUAAUACCCGCUACAGAAGAAAAAUAUAUUUCUUUUACAAAAUUUGUUUCAAACAAAUUUUCGCUGAGGUUCGUCGAUACAUUUCGUUUUAUGGGUACUAGUUUAGCGGCUCUCGCUGAAAAUUUGCGCGCCGCCGACAUAAAAUUAUUCCAAGAAACCGCAAAAGCGUUUUCAUCGGACGGUGACAUUGAUUUAGUGACCCGUAAAGGCGUGUACCCGUAUUCAUACACCUCAAGCUGGGAUGUACUCGAAGAAAAACAAUUGCCGUCAAAAGCCGAUUUUUAUAACGAUCUGUCAGAAACGCAUAUUGAUGAUGCCGAAUACAAACACGCACAAAACGUCUGGCAACAUUUCAAUUGUAAAACGCUCGGUGAGUACUCUGAUCUGUACCUGAAAACUGACGUAACAAUACUUGCGGAUGUUUUUACGAAUUUUCGCAAGUUAUGUCUACUAAAAUAUAAAUUGGAACCGGCAUAUUAUUUUACGAGUCCCGGUCUGUCUUUUGACGCUAUGUUGCUGCAUACGGGCGUUUCACUAGAUCUCAUGAGUGAUUAUGAACAGCAACUUUUUAUUGAGAGAGGAAUACGGGGAGGAAUGACAACUUCGGUGUUGAAACAUGCCACAGCCAACAAUGAAAAGACGCCUCAUUAUGAUAUCAAACAACAAAAAUCUGAAAUUAUAUAUUUGGAUGUCAAUAAUUUGUAUGGUUGGAGUAUGUCUCAACAUAUGCCAUGUGGUGACUUUAAGUGGUUGGACGUGGACGACGAAACGAAAAUUUUAAAGACUGUGGAAGAGUUACCUGCGGAUUCUCCUAUAGGAAUGGCCCUUGAAGUGACGGUGUCGUACCCGAAAGAGUUACAUGAUGCCCACAACGAAAUGCCGUUUCUACCUGAACGAAAAUGUCCGCCUAAUUCACGGGUCAAAAAACUGUUGUCUACUUUCGAUCGGAAAGAAAACUACGUUAUACACUAUUUAAAUUUAAAACAGGCUAUGGCAAACGGAUUAAAAGUAGAAAAGGUGCAUAAGGUGUUACAAUUUAAGCAGUCGGCCUGGCUAUCAAAAUAUAUACAACUCAACACGGAGAUGAGACAGAAAGCCAAAAAUGAUUUUGAAAAAGACUUUUUUAAAUUAAUGAACAACGCUGUUUUUGGUAAAAUGAUGGAACGUGUACAAUUUAGAACGCAAAUGGAAUUGGUCAAUAAUCCUAAACGAGCGCCUAAAUUAAUUAGAAAGCAUAAUUUCAAACAUUGUACAACGUACAGUGAAAAUUUAUCAGCGUUUGUAUUGGAAAAGAAAAUUAUCAAUUUUUGUAAACCAGUAUACGUAGGUUUCGCAAUUUUAGAAAUUAGUAAAACUCUCGUAUACGAUUUCCAUUAUAACGUAAUGAAGAAAUAUUUCAAAGACCGUGCUCGACUGUUAUACGGUGACACAGAUUCAUUAGUGUACUUUAUCGUGGGUGAUGACUUUUACGCGGUGGCAAAGAAAAAUCCUGAUCUAUUGGCUAGACUUGACACUUCAGGUUUGCCGAGCAGUCACCCGUGUUAUUCAAACGCAAACAAAAAGGUGCCUGGUUUGUGGAGUGACGAAGCGCCGGGGAAAUCUAUAUUGGAGUUUAUUAGUCUCAGACCAAAAUGUUAUGGUUUUGACUUGGAGGGUAAAGAAAAAAUUAAGGCGAAAGGGAUACAUGGUCACGUUGUGAAAAAUCAUCUUACAGUCGAGGACCUGAAACGGUGUUUAUAUGCUGAAGAGGAGCCUGCAGUAAGCGAAGCUCAUGCAUCAGCGGCUACAUAUGGCACGAUGGUUGCAAACAACAUUCAUGAGAGAGCUGUGAACCCUUAUUGCCCUGUUGUAAAGUACCCGACUUAUAUACCGUACAGAGAAAAUGUGUCAAUCAGAUCAUUUCAACACCGAAUAUACACCAUUAAGACUAUGAAAAUGACAUUAAACCGUUUUGAUGAUAAGCGGUUUAUAUCAGAAGACCGUAUUACUACCUACGCUUACGGUCAUUAUAAACUAGAGAAUGAAGACACCAUUGAAACUUAUGAUUUGUAGAUACAUCUUAUAAACUAAUGUAAAAAUAAUAAAUAGAUUACAAAAAUUUAUUAGUAAACAAUAUUAUUAUUAUU